AUGCUGCCAGGCUGCCGGAGGAGGGAGGAACGGCCGGAGGGAGGGGAGAGAGAGGCAGCCGGGGAGGAGCUCCGCCGAGCGACGGGCGGGGAGGAGGAGGGCCCGCCCCUACGCUGCGCGCCCCGCCCACACCGCGCACGCGCCCCGCGCGCUCACCUGCUGCCCCGCCCCUCCCGCCGCCCGGCCCGCCCCGCCCCCGGCAGCCCCGCCCCCGCUGCGCACGCGUACUGCCGCCGCGCCCCACCCCCUCGCCCCGCCUCUGCGCGGCAGCCCCGGUCCACGGCCGCGGACCCCGCUUGCGUCCUCUGGGCGCGACCUCGGAACACGGACCCGGAACUCCCUCAUUGUUGGGCUCCUCUGCUUGGUUCUUCACCUGACGCUUCUUGCAGAGUAACUCCCUUUUGUGAGUUCUGA